AUGAGGGAUUUCCCUUCCUGUUUUGGGGAAAAUGGAGUCCAGGUCGCGGAUUCCUCUUCCGCUGCCGGGAAGAAUGCCCAGAAUCUGGUGGCCUGCGUCUACCAGACCCGGCACUCCGGCCGAUCAUGCGCGAUCACCAUCACAUGGAGCAGGAAUCUGAUGGGCCAAGGCUUCAGCAUUGGCAUCGACGACUCUGCCAGCCAUAGCCUCUGCAAGGUGGACAUCCGGCCAUGGCUGUUCUCCAAGAGGAAGGGCUCCAGGAGCGUGGAGGCCGACAGCAACAAGGUGGACAUCUUCUGGGACCUCACCGCCGCCAAGUUCGGAUCUGGGCCUGAGCCGCUGGAGGGUUUCUACGUGGCCGUCCUCUUCAACAUGGAGAUGGUCCUCCUGCUCGGCGAUCUGAGCAGAGAAGCCUACCGGAAGACGAAUGCGACCCCGCCGCCGUCGGCCGCCGUCUGCGUCGCUAAGAAGGAGCACCUCUUCGGGAAGAAGGUCUACUGCACCAAGGCCCAAUUCUGCGACAACGGGCAGGUCCACGACGUCGUCAUAGAGUGUGAAACCCUAGGGCCGAAGGACCCCUUUCUGGAGAUCCACAUCGACAGGAAGAGAGUGAUGCAGGUGAAGAGGCUCGCCUGGAAGUUCCGGGGCAACCAGACCAUCCUCGUUGACGGGCUUCCCGUGGAGGUUCUCUGGGACGUGCACAGCUGGCUCUUCGGGCCGCCCGUGGGGAACGCCGUCUUCAUGUUCCAAACCUCCCUCUCCGCCGAGAAGCUGCUCCCCUGGUCCUGCUCGCCGGCUUUCAGAGAAUCCCAUCUACAGGGUCUCGGUUUUUCUCUGAUUCUGUAUGCUUGGAAGAACGAAUAA